AGCCCGGAUCCACAGCUCAGAAACCCCGCUGAGAGACAGACUGCCGGUCCAUAGAUCAAGAAUGGGCGAUCAGGUGUCUAAGCUGAAGCAGUUGAGUUCAUCCGACAUGGAGGAGCAGAGAUUCUUCCAGAACCAGAACCAGGACUACGUGGACCAGGCAGGGUCUGGUUCUGGAUCCGAGGAGAGAGCCAACGAGCCGCUGGACGAGGAGGGCAAGGUGAGCGCUUCCUUCCAGAAGAAGGUCCAGAGUAAGAUUAAAGACCUGCUGCAGCAGAUGGAGGAAGGUCUGAAGACAGCCGACCCUCACGACUUCUCCACCUACACCGGCUGGACAGGUGAGUCAGCACGAUACACCUGCAUCGCCCUGCUGUACCUGCAGCUGCACCGCUGCUCCCAGGAAUCCUCCCACCUGCAGAGGGCGCUGGACUACGUGAAGCGAACCCUCCGGAUCCUGAACGGGCGUAAGGUCUCCUUCCUGUGUGGAGACGCAGGCCCUCUGGCUGUGGGAGCUGUGGUUCAUCACAAGCUGAGGAACACUGAGGAGAGCCAGGACUGCCUGAACAGGCUGGUGCUCCUCCAGAGUUCAGUCCUCAGUGACUCUGAGCUCUCUGAUGAACUCCUGUACGGUCGCGCUGGCUUCCUGUUCGCUCUGCUGUACGUCAACAGAGAGAUGGGAGAGAACACGGUGGAGGAGAGCACCAUCACUCAGGUGGUGUCUGCGAUCCUGGACUCGGGGAAGUCUCUCUCUCAGGACCAGAAGAAGACGGAGCGCUGUCCUCUGCUGUACGAGUGGCACAGGAAGCAGUACCUGGGAGCGGCUCAUGGGCUCACUGGCAUCUUCUACAUGCUGCUGCAGCCUGGAGCCAGAGUCCCGGCUGACGUUCUCUCAGAAUUCGUUCGUCCGAGCAUCGAUUACGUUCGUCAUAAGAAGUUUCGUUCAGGGAAUUUCCCGUCGUCUCUGACCAACGAGAGCGACCGAUUGGUUCAGUGGUGCCACGGAGCGCCGGGGGUCAUACACACACUGCUGAUGGCCCACCAGGUGUUCCAGGAGGAGAAGUACCUGAAGGAGGCAUCAGACUGCUCGGAGGUGAUCUGGCAGAGAGGUUUCCUGAGGAAAGGAUACGGACUCUGCCACGGCACGGCAGGGAACGGAUUCAUCUUCCUGUCCCUGUACCGGAGGACGAAGGAGAGGAAGCACCUGUACAGGGCCUGCAAGUUUGCAGAGUGGUGUCUGGACUACGGGACUCACGGCUGCCGGAUCCCAGACAGACCCUACUCUCUGUUCGAGGGUAUGGCUGGGACUGUGUACUUCCUGUCGGAGCUGGAGAACCCCGAGGCCUCCUGCUUCCCUGCCUUUGAACUCUGACCUGCUGAGAAAGAGGAGGAGGAAGAAUAGAAGUCUGGACACGUAAAGGACGUUUUUGUGAUGCAGAUUUCGUGCUGAGUGAGGAGUGACUGAGUGACACGUUUACAAGGAGGGGGAAGAGGAUUAAUGUCGCACUGAAUAAAGACCCUGCUGGACUGAUGAAGACGAGGAUGAAGACGAUGAUGAAGACGGACUCUGAUCACAGACAUUUGGAGAAAAGACUUUCAAUCUGAUCCAGCUGGAAGAAGUGUGUGUGUGUGUGUGUGUGUGUGUGUGUGUGUGUGUGUGUGUGUGUGUGUGUGUGUGUGUGUGUGUGUGUGUGUGUGUG